GGGCUUCUCGCACACAUCGCAAUUAGGCGAAGGCUUAAUUCCAACCAAGUAGCAAAAUUUAUUUGCUGGAAUGUGCCCAGAUCGUAAUCUAAAGGCUGACACCAACAACUUUCUCGAUAAAUUACACGAAAUAAACCAAGGCUCCCAUACUGGUUUAUUCUGGAUGGUUCCGUACCAAACUCCAACACCUCUUUGUAAUGCCUCGCCGAAAUGUUUCAAGUUGGAAUUUAAUGAUGGUUUCUAAACUGAAAUUACGAACUUCUACAAUACUGUUUAUAAUUAUCUGGUUGUGCAUGAAUGUAGUGAGUUCUGAAAUAAGACCUCAUCUAAGAAGAAAGGAGCAGAGCCAGAAGCAUCACGUUCUCCGUCGUGACAGGAAGUAUGCCCCAACUUGGCAAGACUUGGACACUCGCCCGCUGCCAGAAUGGUACGACAAAGCCAAGAUUGGCAUUUUCCUCCACUGGGGUGUAUACUGCGUGCCAGGUUUCGGAUCUGAAUGGUUCUGGAGCAACUUGAAAGGAGGAAGCAAAUCAGUUACCAAUUUCAUGUCCAAAAACUAUCCCCCUGGGUUUUCAUACCAGGAGUUUGCACCUAUGUUCAAAGCUGAGUUCUUUGACCCUCAAGCCUGGGCUACAUUGUUUUCCAAAGCAGGAGCAAAGUAUAUAGUGCUGACAAGCAAACACCACGAUGGUUACACAUUGUUUCCAUCAAAACGCUCAUUCAGUUGGAAUUCUGUCGAGGUUGGGCCCAAAAGAGACAUUGUUGGUGAACUAGCCCAAGCAGUCAGGGAAAAAGACUUGAAGUUUGGAGUCUAUCAUUCACUAUAUGAGUGGUUCAAUCCUAUUUACCAACAGGAUAAGGCUGACUUGUUCUUGACUAGGAAUUAUCCGGAGACGAAACUUUGGCCUGACAUUAAACAGCUCGUGAACGACUACCAGCCCUCUGUGAUUUGGUCUGAUGGUGACUGGGAGGCGCUCGAUGCCUACUGGAAUUCCACAGACUUGCUGGCCUGGUUGUACAACGACAGUCCAGUUAAGGAUGAAAUUGUUGUGAACGACCGAUGGGGUAUUGGAAUACCUUGUCACCAUGGGGACUUUUAUAAUUGCGCAGACAGAUAUAAUCCAGGAAAACUACAGAACCACAAAUGGGAGAAUGCUUUCACUGUGGACCGGCAGUCGUGGGGUUACCGCCGCAACCUGCAGCUCCAGGAUGUGAUGACCACCAGUGAGCUGCUGAAGGAGGUGGUUUCUACCGUCAGCUGUGGAGGUAACGCGCUUAUAAACGUCGGGCCGACGAAGGAAGGCACCAUAGCGCCCAUAUUCGAGGAGCGGCUGCUAGCUCUCGGGAGCUGGUUGGAUAUCAACGGGGAGGCGAUAUACGGAACCUCACCCUGGCUCCACCAGAACGACACCAGCAACCCAAAUGUUUGGUACACCUGCACCAAAACGACGUACAAUGCGCGCCAGCCUACUGCGGCGCCUGCUGAAUCUGACACUGUGUCAGCAGUGUACGCUAUACUCCUGGAGUGGCCCACCAGCAAUAUAGUGAUGAUGAGUGACAUAGCAUCUUAUCUCCACGCUGGCACGCACGGCGUCAUGAUGCUCGGCAGCAACAAAACACUUGAAUGGGAAAUAACUUCUGGAGUAGCCUACAUCACCCUGCCGGAUAAAGCCUCAGUGACAUCUAAGGACGCAUGGGCAUUUAAGUUUUCUAAUAAAUAAUCGUUCAGUAUAGUAUAAAAAUAUUAUAA